GCCGCUGUGGGCGCAGGGCCAGGGGGCGUCGACAGGGCUAGACUCGUCUCAUCUGCAGUGAGAGACAGAAAGAGUCUGAGCGACGUGGACCAUCUGAGAGCAGAGAAGAGGAUGAAGCGAGCAACUUUCUUGCUGGUUUUUGGAGUCGUCCUGAGCUUCUGUCAGGCUCAGACGGAGACAGCAGGCGAGGAGACAGCUGCAGAGGAGGAACAUGUGGAGCUCUUCACCACACCUCAGACUAAGAUGGGCGCCGCAACCUCGGAUUUUGGCUACAACCUGUUCCGUGCUCUGGCAAGCCGCGAAACCACGUCCAACAUCUUCCUGUCCCCCAUCAGUGUGUCCGCGGUGCUGACGCAGCUAUCCAUGGGAGCAUCUGAGCGUGCUGAAAAACAGCUGUACAGGGCUCUGCGCUACCACACCCUGCAGGACCCUCAGCUCCACAACACCCUGAAAGACCUGGUGGCCUCAGUCAAAGCGCCCGGCAAAGGCCUGAGCACUGCUGCACGCCUCUAUCUGGCACGCCGACUUCGUCUGAAGCAGGAGUUCUUCACUCUUGUGGAGCAGCAGUAUGGAGUUCGUCCCAAAGCAUUUCAGGGAGUAAACAGAGAUAUGGCCGAAAUCAACACCUGGGUAGCUCAGGAGACAGGCGGGAAAGUACAGCGCUUCCUGACCUCAGCCUUCCCCCGAACCUCUGGAGUGAACACUGUGAGUGCCGCCUACUUUAAAGGGAAGUGGGUGACUCGGUUUGGUCAGAGUCGACCAGCGGAGAACUUCCAAGUGGAAGGUGCGGCUCCUGUCAAUAUUCCCAUGAUGCAACAGGAUAACUACCCUGUGAAGAUGGGUGCAGACUCAGAUUUGAGCUGCACGAUCGCUCAGAUCCAGAUGCAGGACGAUGUCAGCAUGUUCAUCUUCCUGCCUGAUGAUGUGACCACCAACAUGACCCUGGUGGAAGAGAGUCUGACCGCCGAGUUCGUUCAGGAUCUCUCCAUGACGCUCCUUCCUGCCAAGGUGUCCCUCACUCUGCCCUCAAUGAAACUCAGCUACUCCACAGACCUGCUGCCUCUGCUUGGCGACCUUGGUCUUGAUGAAUGGCUAGCGGACACAGGCCUGGAGAAGAUCACGACUCAGGCUGCCACGCUCAGCAGUGUCAAACACAAGGUCGUCAUGGAGACAGCCCCCGAGGGGAACCAGUACCCUAGCAUCACCUCAACGCCAAGCCACCUGGUCUACCGAGUGGACCGCCCCUUCCUCUUCUUGAUCCGGGAUGAAGCGUCGGGGGCGCUGCUCUUUAUCGGCAGGGUGGUCAACCCCAAGGCCCUGAAAUAACACACACACCCACCCACACACACUCUUAGCAGGUCCUAGGAGGGAAUGUUUGCUUUGCGUUUGUGGGGGCAGAUAUUUGAGAGGAUAUUUGAUUUGAUUUGAUUUGACACGAUUCUUUACUUUUCAUGUUGAAAUAAUCUCACAGGAUAUACAAACACACUGACGAUACAGAUAUUUUACCAAAGGAUUGUUUUUUAAGAAAUCAAAUAUCAUUGUGUGAAAUGAAAUAAACACGACAAUGAAACAAAA